AAUGGAAGCAACGUUGCGCCGCGCCGUGAACGAGAUCUUCUUCCGCGACACAUGGAGUUGGCCGACGGUAGCGACGUUCCUGGCAACCGUCGUGGGUACAUUCUACAUGUCGAAUGCAUUGUCACGGAUGGCGUUCUCGUUUAUCUUUGACGGGCCAAGCCAACAACGUCGAACCGCUCCGAUUGCUGUGCCCGCUCACGAUAUCGAUGACUCUGAUGAAAGUAGCCAUGAUGACGAGAGCAACGACGACAGUGAUAGUGCAUCGUCGUCGACCAGUAGCUCUGACGAGGACGAGACAUGUCCUCCGACCGGGGCAUUCGUUCCCAUCAAGAUGCGGAUUCCCUCCAUGCUCGAUAUCGAUCCGGCCGUGGCCAUGGUGCGGGAGGUCGACCACUUAAAAUCUUUAUAGUGUCCAAACUCUAUUCAU